CAUUAUUUCCCUGCUGCUCGUGCGACACGGAACUAGUUUUAGAAAAUACAAAAAAAUUAUACGUGCAUACAAAAUUUCAAGUGAAAGAAAACCAAACUUUUUAAGGAGCUAAGGAGAAAUUCAAGAUGAGCAGCAAGAAGUCUAAAGAUCAGAGUCCUGCGACCUUGGAAGAUUUGGUCAAUCAGGUGAUCGAUAAGUCACAGCAGCAGAGCAUGCCGAUGAAGGAGCAGCGCAAGUUAGUCCAGGAGUAUAUGAAUGCCAAAAUCUAUGGCAGCGAGGAAAGCUAUAGAGAAUGUAUAUGUGAUUUCCACACCGAUUCAGAUACUGAUUCUGAUUCCGACUCAGAUUCAGAUUCAGAUUCAGAUUCUGUUUCGGAUACCGAUUCCGAGGAGGAUUCAAUUACGGAUUCUGAUGAGCAAACAGAGGAGAGCAGUGAUGAGUCGGAAUCAGAACUCGGUGAAGUCGAGGAGGCUUCCUCUCCAGGAGAUGCCCAAGGGAGUGCCACCAAGAAUUCGAAAGAACCCAUCUCCAAGGACGAGCCUGAACUAUCGCGGUCCGUGGCUUUCGUGCCACCUCCCCAAUCCCCUGGGCAGCCUGCUCCCCGCAUCCAGCGGCGACUGACCAUGGCUGGUGGCAUGGUAGCUUCUUCUGUGCCUCCAACAUCGGGAAACGCCAAGUAGAUUUGCUCAAGAUCGGGAAAAGCCAAUUGGAUUUGGUCAAGCAAGGAGCUAGAGGUUUCUCCAAAGGAGUUUUUCGUAUUAGCACUUUAACUUUUUGUAGUACUUUAUACCUAAAAAUCCAUUUAAUCAUUUUAAACAAUUUAAAAUUGUUUUGCUGCAUUGCAACCCCUCUAGUAGCAGCCUUAAUGCAUUUCCCCAUUUUAAAUUAAUAAACGGGAAAAAGUAGGUCAUACUUAA